CGCACGCGCGCGCGCAUGCGUGUUGCAGACUACCGCACCGUGUUUAACUCGUGGGGCGGCGACAGUUCGCGAGGUCUGAGCGUCGAUGACCUUGAACGCCUACUGAGGCGCCUCCUGUCGGGCAGGAGCGUUCCUAGCGUACAGAACAUCCGGCUGAUUGCCUGCGACAUGAUCGGAGCUCUGGAUACCAGCGGUUGCACGCUCAGCUUCCAGGCUUUCGUCGACUACAUGGCAACGAAGCGCUUCAUGCGGGACAUCGACUUCGAGUACACCGAGGCGUUCCGACUCUUCGACCGUGACGGAAACGGAAAGCUGGAUCGCGAGGAGCUGCGUCUGAUCAUCCGGAAACUGAACCCAGAUGUGACGGACAUGACCAUCGCCGAGAUGGUGAAAAGCGCCGACGCCGACGGAGACGGCAACAUCGACUACGAAGAAUUCGUCAAGCUGGCUUCCGCCAAGCGGUUUUAAGCGUGAUGUGUGCUGCUUACGUCAUCGUGCGCGCGCAUGCGCACAGAAGAGGAACAAUGAAGAUGAAGAGAACGGUCGAUCGUUGGAGCUUUUGUUUAUUAUUACACUGACGAGCUAGGGUUAACGCCGCAGUCGGUGGCCAGGUGGCGCUGCUAGCUCGUCUGGUCUGAAUGUACUGCCAUCUUAUUUAUAUGCUGUUUACAUAUGUACAUAGAAUCACGAUUACAUACGUUACCUUUACAGAUAUGAGAUCCUUGUAUGAAUAUUUUGUGUGAAUAUUAUGUUACGGAUUGGUGCUGGUCAUAUAGUAAUAAAAUUCAUUAUAUUGAAGCAACAAA